AAGUUAGAUACCAUAUAUGAAGCACAAUAUUCAUCUUCCUCUUAUAUAUAAAAGAGUGGUUCUGUAGAGGGCUCAUUCGUUCAGUUUCUAAAUUCUUUUUCUGGGUAUCCUUUUAUAUUGCUCUGGGAUCAUUGGGUGACUCUUUUACAUCUCAAAAGAGGAUUUGAUAUUCAAAACAAAGACAGCCAUUGAAGCUAUAUUGUCGAAGAAGAGAAAUGCUGCUUAGAAGCUCUUCAACACCAGUUCUUGGAUCCCUCCUCUCGUCCGUCCCAGACAGCCCCAACAACAACAGCAAUCACUAUGAAACCAAUACCAUUAUCAAGCACCCACCAACCACCAUCAAGCACCCACCAACCACAAUUCACCAAAACCACAAGAAGCUCCCACUCCACCCAACCGGGUGUCUCAAGCUAUCCUCAUGCAGCUCCUCUCCAAUCUCACCCUCCAUUGCUGAACUCAACCGCAAUAAAGGCUUUCGAAGAGCGCAGUCUGAAGGAAACUUGGAAGGACUAGCCUAUGCUUCUUGCAACAGCAAUGAAAACCAGCACUUUGAAAUGAACCAACCCAAGAAGUUUCUUGGCAAACCCAUGUGCUUCAUGUUGCAAACUAUACCGUCUUUCCAAGGUGGACGUGAAGAUGAAGAAGAAGAAGAAGAAAGUGAUAUAGAGGAUGAUGAAGAGAGAAAAGAGUUGGAGGAAAAUGAAGAACUGCUAGAGAGGGAUAAUAGAGGUGAAGGGAGGGUCAUGGCUAUGGAAGCACAAAUUUCCAAUUUGGAGAACAAAAUGAAAAACAUGAAUUUGACAGAGGUGAUUGCUAAGAACGAAAUUUGGAAUAUGGGUUUUGGAGAUGUAGAGCUUUUUGGUCAAGAGAUGUUCCUUGCAAGAGGGAUAGGUACUGGUGGUGGCGGCAGCGGCGGCGACGGCAGAGAGUUCAAGUCAGCAGGCUCUGGUGGCGAUGGUGGGGACAAUCCAGAGGUUGAGGGGCAUUAUAAGAGGAUGGUGGAGGAAAAUCCUGGCAACCCUUUAUUUCUGAGGAAUUAUGCUCAAUUUUUGUACGAGACCAAGAGAGACCUUCAGGGGGCCGAGGAGAAAUACUCUCGUGCUAUCCUAGCAGAUCCCAAGGAUGGUGAAAUUCUGUCUCAGUAUGCUAAGAUAGUGUGGGAGCUACAUCAUGACCAAGAUAGGGCUUCAGGCUACUUUGAACGUGCGGUUCAAGCUUCUCCUGAAGAUAGCCAUAUUCAGGCAGCAUAUGCUAGUUUCCUCUGGGAAUCAGAGGAAUAUGAGGAUGGCAGUGAUGUGCCGAAAGAUCUCGAAGCCAUGCCACCACAUUUUCAUGCAGCUGUGGCUUCUGCAAGUGCUUAAAUUGUGGGAGCCCUUGUGAACAAAGCACGUAGAUUGUGAACACAUCACAGUAUCAAGCUGUUGAAACCAUGUCAGGGGUUAGAGAGAGAGAGAGAGGGAGGGAGGGUUGCCUUUUCCAGUAUGACUUUUAUUGGAUGAUGAUAGCAUAGCUCUAGAAUAAGGAUUAUCCUAUAGCUGCAUAUGUAUGUAGGGCCGAUGUAGAUGUAUAUAUAGACAUAUAGGUCUCAUUGACAUAAACCAUUUGGUGGCAAAAUUUUUGCUUUAUUUAGA